UGUGUUUUUAUUUCACAUUUAUAUUUUACAGGAUAAUACAGGUGUUUCACGGCACAGUGCUGACUUGAACCUUGGACCGUUUAAUUAGGGUGACCAUGUUUUGAUUUCCAAAAAAGAGGACACUUGGCCAGUCAUGAAGAACUUUAAUAUUACUGUUUGCUAUAUUUAAACGGUACCUUCUCUGUGCGGUUAAUGAAUGGUGAAAUAAAAAAUGUCAUAAAGGUUUUUACAAAUCAACAAGUGCAAAAAAAAGAGGACGGUUGGUCACCCUAGUUUAAUACAUUUUGCAAACUUUUAAUUUGAAUUUUGAAAAAGAAGCCGACAGAAGCUUUUGUGACUCUGAUGUGUAAACACUGAGAUGCACUGUUGGGGAUCAGAAUGACAAUAUUCACGUUUCAGGCGAUAAAACCUUUUUCUGUAAAACAUAAACAUCUGUCUCUACCUUUAAAAAAGCAACAAACCAACAAUGAAACGUGAAAUGUUUAAAAUGAGCUCACAGCGGAGUCUAUUAGAGGUACGAUGCUGUCUGCUCCCGGUCACAAACACAGCGCGCAGCCAGCAGAGGGGCGGGGCCGCACGCGGACUGUUUCUCAUGAGGAAAUGUUGAUAUUGAGGAGAUCCCCAUGGCAACGAGGCAGCCGCAGGAGCUACUGUAUUUAAAGCAGCUUCAAUGGAGCGGCCGCCAGUCUCAGCCGUCCGAAGUCAAGAUGGUCGCGAGCUUCCUGCAGUUGAUCUCUCUGCUGAUCCUCCACGAGCUCCGCGCCUCCGCCGCCAAGUCCACGUGUCUCACCGCCGAGAUGGUGGAGGCCCGCGAGCGAAAGUUUAACGCCAGUCAGAAGAAGCUCAACCUUCAGCCCGACGCCCGCGAGCACCAGAACCGGACCACCUGCGUACAGGCUGCCCGAGAAAUGCACGAGCUCAACGGCCGCGCGCUGUCUCCGUGGUGUUACUACAUAGACCGAAACGACAGCAGGCAACCACGCGACAUCAGCUUUGCCAAGUGCCUUUGUAAGGGAUGCAUCAUCGGCGGGACGCGAAGUGAACGACUACAACUCUGUGGAGGUUUGGGCUCCGAUGUUGGUCCUCAUAAAGACCGAGUGUAA